AGGCUGCAUCUCUUACCAUUUCAAACCUAUUUCUUCAACUCAGCAACAUAUACAGCUAAGGAAAAAAAAAAAAGGGGACUCACACUCACUUCAAUCCAGUGCAAUCUCUGUUGUAAUUUGUUGUUUUGUGCUAUGGAUGAACUUUGUUUAAUUAUUGCUUGUUUAAGUAAUAUUUGUUUUAUUUUGCGUUGUAAUAAGCAGUCAAACAGAUUUGAGAAAUUUCUUGUUUUAUGUUUUGUGACUAUUAACUAUAUCAACCUCAACAUCUUAAUUUCUUUAAUCACAUUACUGUUCAACUCUUGUGGCAAUUGAACCCACAUAUAUAUAUGUAGGCCACAGCAGACCCAAGAUUUUAUGCAGCCAACACACCCAUACUUGGAGAUCAACAAUUAUUGUCAAGUCCAAAAUAGUAAGCAGAAUUUAGGUUGAUUUAAUGCGCUUUCUUGCCUGCCAGCUGCCUCUACACUGGUGAUUGGUGGAUUCUAUUUUUCUCAUCCAAAUAUUAAGUGGUUUUAAAGGAUUUGAUACUGUCUUUUCACCAAAGUGCUUCUUAAUUCAUAUUAUGGUUCUUAUUUGUUUAUCCAAAGGUCAGUUCUAUGUUUUCUCUGUAUCACACAAUCUAUUCAACCAUGUUGCAGGGCUCUUAUAUACUGCUUCUCUGAAGUUGGGCCCUAGUGCUCAGCAUCUGACGUAAUGGAGUUUCUGUGAAUUGGAUAUAUAUGAGUUGGUAUAGUUGGCUUAUUGUUCAACUCUUGCGGCCAUUCAACCUAUACGUAGGCCAUCACAUCUUUUUCUAAUUAAAGAAUUUUGUGUAAUUAUUAGUUGUUCAAGAUUGAAGAAUUUGUUUCCCUUUGAAAAACUGCGGGAUCUUCACAUUCAUGAUUGCAAAGAGUAAUAGCAUAGAAAAAAGAGGAAGGAAAUUAGACAAUGGACGGAAGAGCUACAUUCACUCUUCCAAAAUUAACCUACUUUGGGACUUACAUGAUGAAACAGAAUUGAAGAGAACCUGCUUGAGCAAUGGUGCUUUGGGUAUGGUCUAAUUGGAUAACUGUCCUUUUGCUGUAGAAGUACCCGCUGGUUCCUCAAUAGGGUACAACGCAGCUGUGCUGUGGAGUCAGAUCCUCUUAAAGUUGGCAGAAAGGAAUUUGCCUUUGUUUGAAUAAAUAUGAUUGAAAUAGAGGAGCAAAUAAUCUGCUUAUUGUGGAAUCCCUGUUUAGAGUUGUGUUCUAAACCAAUAUGCCUUCUGCUGUCACCAAGUUUGUGGGUUUAUUUGACAAGAGAGAAAGUUUCUCUUGGACUUAGACGACAGUGCUCAUAAUUUCCUAUAAUUAUGUAAGGAGAGAGUUUCGCAGGCAGCCACUAUGGACCACAACUUGUGGAGCAGGGUUUGUCUAUGAUUAACACAAGGACAUACAAAUAUACGUUAAUCAUCU